ACAACCGAUCACAUUUAACCUCAAAUUUGAACGUGUUUGUUUAUACAACCAGCAGUCUCCAGAAAUCAGUUAAAAAUGGAAGAAACGAUAAAAGUAGGGGAUUAUGUCAUUGUUCAAAGGCAAAAUUACACGAAAUUGCAUAAAUUGAAAGCACAUGGAACUAUGCAACUUGGUAGCUUCAUAAUAGAAAUGGAUAACAUCGUAGGAGAAAAAUAUUUCGAUACCUUUCAAAUCAAAAAUGUGCCAAAUACGAAAAGGAACUAUACUUUAGAAAAAAUUGAGGAUGCAUCCCUAAUCAAUUCAAAUUUAACAGUUGAACAGUCAGGUAAUGAUAACCGGAACAUCAAGGCUGAUGACAAUAAUCAAGUUAUGUCUAGUGAAGAAAUUAAUAAAUUGAAAGAUGAAGAGUUGUCCUCAAACAAUAUAGUGGAAAAAUUGAUAUCAAAUUCGAAAACGUUCAGUGUGAAAACUGAAUUCAGUCAAGAGAAAUAUAUUAAGAAAAAAGCCAAGAAAUAUUUUGAAUAUGUGGAGAUACGUCGACCAAAUAUAAGACUCUUAGCUCAAAUGUUUUACAGACAGGACCCAUCAAAAAUUCUAGGUAUAAGAAUAGACGAUUUAUCCCAAAUACUGACAUACUCUAAUAUUCAAUCUGAAGGAACUCAUAUUUUGUAUGAUAGUGGAACAUCCGGUCUUAUGUCGGCAGCUUUAAUGGAAACUAUAGGAGCAAACACUAGUGGUAAACUUAUUCAUAUGCAUCCAGGCAAUGAAUGUCAAAAAGUUGCAUUUCUUGCUAUGGAAUUUCCAGAAGAACAAUCAAAAAGAUGUAUUAAUGUUAAUUUAUAUUCUGUGUUGAGACAUUGCCACCAAGGUAAGUCAGAAAGUGACAAAGAGGACUGUGAUACAGAAAUGAAUGAUAUCGUGGAAAAUAAUGAAAAAAUGGAGACAGAGGCAUCGGUUGAACCAGAUCCGAAAAGAAGAAAAGUGUAUAAACCAACUUGGCAGGUUGAAAAUGAAGAAGCAUGCCAACUUCUAAAAGAAGGUGUUCAUUCUAUAGUUAUAACUGCAAAAGAACAUCCAGUUAAUAUUGUGGAUGCUUUAGAACCUUUUCUUUUACCAAGUCGAAACUUGGUAGUAUUUUCUACAACAAGGGAACCUUUACAAGAACUUUACUUUCAUCUGAAAAGUAAAAAUUUUUUAGCAGUUAGGUUAACUACAAAUUUUAUGAGAAACUAUCAAGUUUUACCAGAACGGACUCAUCCUGAAGUCAAUAUGACUUAUGGAGGUUAUUUGUUAACAGCUGUAAAAGUUACACAUUGAAAAAUUAAUUAAAUUAACUGAAGAUUCAAGUAAUUUUUAUGGACUAUUGAAUUCUCAUAUUUAUUGAGAAAUGUUUUUAAGAGCUUUUAAAUAUAUUAACAAUUUAUAACAGAA